AUAAAUCUCCUCCACUAUGUCCUACUAUAAUGAUCAGUUUCUGCAGGGGUUAAUGCUAUUAGCUAUUCUAGGUGCACAACCUUAGCCAUCCAUUCUCCUAAAGUAGGGGGUGCAGAUGAUCUCCACUUUUGGGGUGCAGCCAUAUUCGCCACCUAUAGAUCCAGACAGCGAACAGGAAAAGCAGUUUACAGAGAGGGAUGCAUGGUGGUUAUAUUCAUUCAGGGAAUCUCCAUGUCCGGGGACUUAUAAUGUCCGUGAUUUUCUCCAAGAUGCAAAACUUAAUCCUGUUCAGCAAACAUACAGCUUCAAAGGGCAAGGACGGAAAAAGCCCUUGAGCGCAGCUGGAUCCGGAGAAGCUUUAUUGCCCGGCUGCUACAAGAUUCCAGAAUUCGGUGAUCUGGUGGAACAACUCCCGCGUCUCUCAUCGUUUCGCAGUACUUCAAGAAGUGCCCCACUCCUCGGGGUUAAAGAUAAGGACAUAAACACAGACCCCGGGCAAUAUAACCUUGUCCCUCCACUUGUAGAGCAGCAGCAGUGCAAGCAUUUUAUGUUCCGUUCUGCAGUACAGAGAUUCCCCACAAUUUACUUUAUUCCUAGAGAAGGUCCAGGACCUGGCAACUAUAAUCUGAAAUACACCUCUUCUCCCAGCAUUUCAUCGAGCUUUAAAUCCAGUGUGCCCAGAUUCCGCUCAACAUAUAGUAAAACUCCCGGCCCAGGAACGUAUGAUCCAAUGAGACAGUUACCAAAACAGCCACCCACGGUUGCCAAAAUGGGUCGCGAGCACGGCCUUUUCUUCCGUAAUUCAUUUGACUUUUAGAAUGUGAAUCAUGGAGAAUAAUUAGAGAUCUUCUUCCUUCUGCUAAACUGACUCUCCUGCUAAAAUGCCAAGGCACUAUGUAUAUACCAGUCUAAAGCUGGCAGAACGUAUGACAAGUGAUGCCCCGAAUGUACUUGGUCAGUCUAAAUGUUGAGAUGUUAUUCCCUGAGCUUCUUCUACACAUCCAUGUUGACGGGGUUGUCCCAUCAGGACAUUGUAACUCUAUCAGCCAUAGUGAACAGCCACUGACAAUGCAGCGGCUUUCGCUAUGGUUGCAUUGAACCAUACAUGUUUUACAUAGAUGACUAUAGAGUGACCCCCCCCCCUCCCCCCGACAUACGAUCAUCGCAUGUUGAAGGCAGCAUCAACAUACGAUGUCGUAUUUGUAUGUCGGGGCCAUCGCAUAAACGGCUAUCCGGCAGUGCAGACUGCUUCAGCUGCCACCGGAUAGCCGUUUACGGUGCCCUGUGUCGUCCGCUGACGAUCACUUACCUGUCCUCGGGGCUCCGGCGCGUUCUCUUCGGAAUCCCUGCAUCAUCGGUGCUCUCGUUCGUCAUCAUCACGUCGCUGCACACACCGACCCGUCAUCCAAUAGGUGCGUAACGAUGUGAUGGCGGCGAUGGAGAG